UAGGUCGGGUAGUCCCGCCCCCUGUGCUGAUCGCGAGCCCUGACCGACGUGCCCCGGCUCGCCAGUUGACUGACAGAAGCGGGAGCUCUGCCCCGCCCGGCCGCGCUUUUCGGGCGUGCGUUUAUCCCCGCCUACGGUGUUGAGUGACAGACAGUGGUGUUCCUCUGCUCCGCCACCCCUCCCCCGACUCCGGCGUCGUGUUAGCCCCGCCUCCAGCGCUCAGUGACGAUCGAUAUGCUCCGCCCCUCGGCGCUGACUGACAGCCCGGUCCGAGAGCCGGUGAAUCGGACAUGGAGUCACUGAGUGAAGUAGAAAUCGGGCCCUGCCGCAACUCCCGCUUCUUGCGGCCGCUGCGGCUCCACUAUACUCAGAAUGGUGUCCGGAAGGAAUGGGACUUCAUGAAAACACAUGACAGCUGCUGCGUACGACCACGUGAGGCCCUCGGUGAUGUUUAUGCUGAGGAACUUAAAGCUGUUCGACUUCUCAACCCCAGAUCUAUUGAUGUCAAUAGGGGUUAGUCUGUAUUCAUAGUCAGCUCCUUUGUUUUUGCAACAUUGAGGGAGAGGUUGUUUUCUUGACACCACUGUGUCAAGGUGAUGACUUAUUCUUUGUAAGCUGCCUCAUUAUUAUUUGAAACAAGGCCAAUCAAUUUAAUAUCAUCAGCAAAUUUAA